UUUAUCCUAACUCAAAUGUAUAUAGUAAACAGUAGCUUUAGUUUAUUGACAUUUGCAUUGAUGGCAAAAUAUGUGAAUUUGUGCAUUAACAGGUGUAUACAAAAUGACUUCUCUCAGUGAAAGAACGUUGCGAUGGGGCAUUAUUGGAAGUGGCUUAAUUUGUGCAGAUUUCUGUAUAGCACUAUCAACAUUACCCCAAUCUGAGCAUGCUAUAGUGCAUGUUGGUGCACGAAGUAUUGAUAAAGCGAGAACAUUUGCAUCAAGAUUUAGCAUUGAAAACUUUAGUGACAGUUACAAAUGUGUGGUGGAGGAUGGAAAUGUAGAUAUUGUGUACAUUGGAACUAUAAACACUACUCACAAAGAGUUGAGUUUGCUUGCUCUAAAUCAUGGAAAGGCUGUACUAUGUGAAAAACCAUCUGUUUUGAACAGUACUGAACUGGAAGAAGUUUUGAAUUGUGCAAAAAUCAACAAAGUAUUUUACAUGGAGGCAGUAUGGACGAGAUGUCUACCGCUUCAUCGGCAAGUGCUUACCAAACUUAAUAAUGGGGAUUACGGUGAUUUAAAUGUUAUGCUGGGUACAUUUGGUUUCCCCUUGUUUGACCGACAACGUAUCUAUGAUCCAAAUUUGGGAGGAAGUAUUUUAUUAGACAUAGGAUUGUACCUGCUUACUAUGGCUGAUAUGAUGUUUGGUGAGCACAAGUUGAAAGAAAUACAUGCUUGUGGCCAUGUUGAAAAAACUGGAGUUGAUCGAUCAGCAAGUGUAACUUUAACAUUUGAAGGAAAUAAGAUAGCACAGUUACUUGCAAGUGGUGAUCACACUCUGCCGAAUGACUGUGUGUUACUUUGCAGUAAAGCAAAUGUGAGAAUCAUCAAACCAUUUUGGUCGUCUGAGAAAUACAUUGAGGAGUAUGUAAACGGAGAAACGAAGGAACACGAUUUUCCACAUCCUGUUGCCGCUAUGGAAACUAAUUUUGUAAAUUCAACUGGUUUAAGUUACGAAGCUGCACAUGUGAGGAAAUGCUUGGUUAAUGGUCUGUUGGAAAGCCCACUUAUCCCUCACGAUACUACCAGACGCAUUAUGGGAUACUUGGACCAAUUGAGACGCCAAUUGACGAAAAAUUUGUAAACACGAUAAAAAGGAACGAACGUUCCAAUCAUAUAUACGCUCUUAUUUUUUUACUUUUGUAUUUAUAUAUUAUAGAUGUUAGAAUUUUGA